AGGUCUCGCGAGAUCUCGCCUAACGGGCCCCGACGGGCGGGCGUUCGUUCCGGGGGGUCAUGGGAGGGCUCUGGUGUCAGAGAUGGAGGUUUGUGGCUUUAUGUGGCCGGGGCUGGAGUCGGCCCGGAUGGUCAGGGCGGACUGUGGUGAACGCAGAGCGGGUUCUUACGCCCGGGUGGAAUGGGCUCGGAGGCGCGGAGCGCGGACCGAGACGUUUCGGGACGUGGAAGCGGCCGAGCGGGGCCCGGGGUCCCGCCGCGCAGCCGCCGCGGCGGCCGAGGAGCAGCAACCCUUUCCAGCGCGCGCAGGAGGACGAAUGGAGGCGGCGGAACAAGACGGUGCUCACGUACGUCGCCGCGGCCGCCGUGGGCAUGCUGGGGGCCUCCUACGCCGCGGUGCCCCUCUAUCGGCUCUACUGCCAGACUACUGGACUUGGAGGAUCAGCAGUGGCUGGGCACUCAUCAGACCAGAUCGAAAACAUGGUGCCUGUUAAGGAUCGGAUCAUUAAGGUCACCUUUAAUGCUGACGUCCAUGCCAGUCUGCAGUGGAACUUCAGACCUCAGCAAACAGAGAUAUAUGUGGUACCAGGAGAGACUGCACUGGCAUUUUAUAAAGCUAAGAAUCCUACUGACAAACCAGUAAUUGGAAUUUCUACAUAUAAUGUUGUACCGUUUGAAGCUGGACAAUAUUUCAAUAAAAUACAGUGCUUCUGUUUUGAAGAACAAAGGCUUAAUCCACAAGAAGAAGUAGAUAUGCCAGUGUUUUUCUACAUUGAUCCUGAAUUUGCAGAAGAUCCAAGAAUGGUGAAUGUUGAUCUCAUCACUCUUUCUUACACAUUUUUUGAAGCAAAGGAAGGGCACAAGUUGCCAGUUCCAGGCUAUAAUUGAAGUAGCUCCCAAGACCUGCUUCAGAUUUGUGAUUUUUGGAAAAUCAUGUAUUGUGCUUUCUCAGAAGAGAAAUAUCCUAUAGUAGUGUAUUUUGAAACCUUGUAUUUUAAAUGGUUUUACUUUUCUUUCCUUGUAACUUCAUUUAUCCCACUUAAGACUGAAAGAACAAGUUCAAAACUCAGUCUGCCAUGAAAAGAUGCUGCUAUCCUGCGAUGGUGCUUAAGGGCAGAAACAACCACUGCUGUGUAUUAAGUAAUAUGAAUGUUGUUCAUAUUCCAAGCCUGAAGAAUAUGUGACUGCACACAGUAUCACAAGUGUGACUAUUAAAAACUAUAUCAUCGGCCAGGGAGAUGAAUCAGUGGGUUAAAGUGUUUGCCACAUAGGCCUGACAACUUGAGUUCUGGUUCCCACACCAGCUUUAAAAGAGUGAAUGUAGUAGCUCACAUCUGCAAUCCUAGGGUUCAUACAGUGAGAUAGGAGGUUGAGCCAGGAGGAUCAUCUUGCCUGUAUAUGCAUGCUCUGGCUGCCCAUACACAGGUACAAACUGCUUUAAUAGUUCAGUCUAAUUCCUCUUGAAGUAUUAGCCCUUUAUAUCUAUAAUAAUGUAUCUGAAAACUUUGAAAAAGAAACUACACAACUGUUUUAGUUCAUAGGCAUGCUGGCUGCUAUUUCCUUCAGUAUAAACUGAUACCAUUUAAAUUUUUUUAAAUUUAUCUAUCUAAUAUGUAGGAAAGCUGAAUGGCACCCAUGCUGCAGCAGACAAUGGGCAAGCUGUGGGAACAGCUUCCUCUUACUGUGAGGGUCUCAGGAAUCAGACAGGUAGCACGUUCCUUCACCUGAUGAGCUUUGUUUGGCUCAACCGACAGUUAAAAACUCAGUGUGGAAGAGGAGUCGCCUGCUCCCAAGUUUGCUUCUUAGUUCAAGUGUAGCUUUUUUGUUAAGCUUGAAGACUGUUUUUUUCAGAGUACUGACUAGAUAAUCAUUUGGAAAUGAUGGUAUCAUGGUUUAACAGAAGAAUUACACCUGCUAGUCUCAGCUAGCAUUUACCACCGUAAUUCCAAGUUCACUAAAGUUAUCAUGUAAGGGUGAAACUGUGAAAACUUACUGACAUAAAAGCGCAUUAAACUAGAAGACAAAACAAAAACAACACAACUCUGACAAAUUAAUAGUAAUUUAAUUUUAUGUAAAUGAUGCACUGUCCGUUUUCCAGUAGUCUUUGUUUCAAAUCCAAAUGUAAAGUAUAAUAAAAGGCAAGAAUGUUUAACAUUAUAAAGAACUACACCUAAGGCCACCUGAUGCCUUGAUGUCUUGCCCUUCUCAGGCACUUGAAAUAUAAUUAAACAAGUCUUUCAAGCAAUUCUAAACCAAAAUGUUAUUUAUAAACAAGUACAAACUGAAUUCUACAUUCAGAUUCAGUUAAAUAAAGGCACACAUUUUCUUCCUUUCCCCAUCUGUUUACAAUGUUUUAUAGUAGGAUGAUCGAUCUUAAAGUACCCCUAUCUUAGAUCUGUCAUUUGUACUGGUGGCAUUGCCUGCAGAACACAAGAGUCCACAGUUUAACCAGUUGGCCUAGUACUAGGCAGUUUUCCUCACAAGCAGAUUUUCCUGAAAUUUCAAGCCAUUGUCAGGAACAGCAGUGUUGGCCACAAAGUGUUAACUCUUCUGUUGAAGCUUCCAGCAGAGAAAUGGUCCACUGAGGCUUCCCUGUUGGCAGGUCUUGUCUUUCAGGCCUCAGUUUAGAGAGCUGGCCCUUUGUGAUGCUCAGCUGCUCAUGAAUCUGAAAUAAAAAGAAGAUCUUAGCCAAUCUGCCCUUCCUGAACCUCUAGAAGACCACAGUUAAUCAGAAAGGCUGGAAUGUACUUCCCCCAUGGUUGCAGAUGAGAAGGGAAUAAAAAGAGAAUGGGUCAGUGGAGAUCAGGUGUCCAGUAGUGUAUGAAUAGGGUAACGGGUACAGUAGCACUAAUGAUGGCUUCUGUUGUCCAGCUAGCUGGUGUUUACUACCCACCAGAGCCAUAAGAGCUGCAUUAAAAUGACAAGGAAUUUCUACCAAUUAUCUGGUUUGUUAACACUGAUAACUUAUAUACCCAAAACCAACUUUUGAAUUUCCAUGCCUCAUUUCUAGAUAAGAGCACGGAGAUUAUAUUUCAUUAGUAAGCACUGGUCAUCACUAAGUAAUUCAGAGUGACUUGGUAUUUUACUAAAGCAAGUGUCAGACUUAAUGUGAUCCUUAUAGAAUUGUAUAUAAAAUUGUGAUAAUUCCACUGAAAUUAUAUGAAAGUUAAGUUGAAUAAGCUGGUGUCUUUCACCUCAGCAGUCACUAUGACUUUGAGCUCCUUUCUGGUGGUAAGCAUCAAUUUCUUCAUAAACAGCUCUGAAAAAAAGCCACCAACGCAGAAGAAUUUCACAUUAGUUUCAAAGUACUAUAUUACCAUCACUAGAACUAAAAAUACAGGCUCUUGGGGGGCGGUCAGGCAAUCAUAAGUGAUUUAAAACAGAUCUUUAACCUUGAGCUUAUUCUAACAUAAAACAUUGAAUGUUAGAGUCUUUGCUAUGUCUUUUCAAACCCAAUUUAUUUUUACUUUUGAUUUAAAGGAAAACUGUGACUCAAAUUUGAGCAGUUUUAUUUUUUUACUUCAAAGAUAAAGCUCUGAGUUUUAAAAUAUUUAAGAAAUGUUAAGUCUGCCUUAUUUAACAUUGUCUUAUAGUCUAAACGUGAGAGAAACCUGUAGCUUGUAUUGGUCAUCUUUGUACCUUUAAUAAAUUAUAAUUUUCAUGA